AUGAUUCUGAUCAUACUCCAUCAGUUUUCCAAGUUUCCUCAAAAACAUGUUCACCUCAAUCAUCAAACAUUUGGAAAAUUGAUCAAAACGUUGGUUUGUAGUCUUACGUUAGACAAGGAUUUGUUUCAAGAUAUUUGUCAACAACCAACUAAAUUAUGCGGUAAUUCAGAAAAAAAAACAUGGAAUAUCCUAUAUAUUAUUUUUCAGGCAACUGUUGCGACUCCAGUUCCAUCCAAAUUCCUCAAGUUGUCAAUCUGAUGGUCACCUUGAAUGUGUCGAAAACGCAUACAUCUCGCAAUGUUUCGAACACUGACCUCAAACUCAAACCAAGGUUCGCCACAAAGAGGAGGAUAUCGAUGUGCUUUUGGUCAGCAACAAUUCGGCAUCUUCAAUUGAACAUUUUGUUAACCAAAUCAAGUUUUCUGCAAUCCAAAACUUGCACACCUAAAAACAAGGCGGACACUCGAAAAAGAGAUUUGAAAGAUCAAAGACAUCAGAAAAUUACUUUAGUUGAGGUGAGUGAAAAUUUCCAAGAGAAUUUCUGGAAUUGUAAUUUGAAACUGAUAAAUAAUUAUUUUUCUUGAUUUUUUAAUUGAAAAUCUUGAAAAAUGAUUAAUUUUAUCAGUUACAAAUUGGAAUUUCAGUGGAGAUGCGGAAGCUAUGCCCAAUUUUUGAUUUUUUAGAGAAAAACUUUAAAUUUUUGAAUAAUAAAUUAAUUGAACCUUUUUUUCAGAUCAAUAUCAACAAUUCGAAGAGAUCAAAUAACAAAUCAAAGUGAUCGACCAAGAUUUGUUGGUAAGUUUUUGAAUUUUUAUGAAAAUUGGCAUGAAUUUCUGGAAUUGUAAUUUGAAACUGAUAAAUAAUUAUUUUUCUUGAUUUUUUAAUUGAAAAUCUUGAAAAAUGAUUAAUUUUAUCAGUUACAAAUUGGAAUUUCAGUGGAGAUGCGGAAGCUAUGCCCAAUUUUUGAAUUUUUAUUCAAAAACUUUAAAUUUUGAAUAAUAAAUUAAUUGAACCUUUUUUCAGAUCAAUAUCAACAAUUCGAAGAGAUCAAACAACAAUUCAAAGUGAUCGACCAAGAUUUGUUGGUAAGUUUUUGAAUUUUUAUGAAAAUUGGCAUGAAUUUCUGGAAUUGUAAUUUGAAACUGAUAAAUAAUUAUUUUUCUUGAUUUUUUAAUUGAAAAUCUUGAAAAAUGAUUAAUUUUAUCAGUUACAAAUUGGAAUUUCAGUGGAGAUGCGGAAGCUAUGCCCAAUUUUUGAAUUUUUAUUCAAAAACUUUAAAUUUUGAAUAAUAAAUUAAUUGAACCUUUUUUCAGAUCAAUAUCAACAAUUCGAAGAGAUCAAACAACAAUUCAAAGUGAUCGACCAAGAUUUGUUGGUAAGUUUUUGAAUUUUUAUGAAAAUUGGCAUGAAUUUCUGGAAUUGUAAUUUGAAACUGAUAAAUAAUUAUUUUUCUUGAUUUUUUAAUUGAAAAUCUUGAAAAAUGAUUAAUUUUAUCAGUUACAAAUUGGAAUUUCAGUGGAGAUGCGGAAGCUAUGCCCAAUUUUUGAUUUUUUAGAGAAAAACUUUAAAUUUUUGAAUAAUAAAUUAAAUGAACCUUUUUUUCAGAUCAAUAUCAACAAUUCGAAGAGAUCAAACAACAAUUCAAAGUGAUCGACCAAGAUUUGUUGGUAAGUUUUUGAAUUUUUAUGAAAAUUGGCAUGAAUUUCUGGAAUUGUAAUUUGAAACUGAUAAAUAAUUAUUUUUCUUGAUUUUUUAAUUGAAAAUCUUGAAAAAUGAUUAAUUUUAUCAGUUACAAAUUGGAAUUUCAGUGGAGAUGCGGAAGCUAUGCCCAAUUUUUGAAUUUUUAGAGAAAAACUUUAAAUUUUGAAUAAUAAAUUAAUUGAACCUUUUUUUCAGAUCAAUAUCAACAAUUCGAAGAAAUCAAACAACAAUUCAAAAUGGAUGAUCAAGAUUUGUUGGUAAGUUUUUGAAUUUUUAUGAAAAUUGGCAUGAAUUUCUGGAAUUGUAAUUUGAAACUGAUAAAUAAUUAUUUUUCUUGAUUUUUUAAUUGAAAAUCUUGAAAAAUGAUUAAUUUUAUCAGUUACAAAUUGGAAUUUCAGUGGAGAUGCGGAAGCUAUGCCCAAUUUUUGAAUUUUUAGAGAAAAACUUUAAAUUUUGAAUAAUAAAUUAAUUGAACCUUUUUUCAGAUCAAUAUCAACAAUUCGAAGAGAUCAAAUAACAAAUCAAAGUGAUCGACCAAGAUUUGUUGGUAAGUUUUUGAAUUUUUAUGAAAAUUGGCAUGAAUUUCUGAAAUUGUAAUUUGAAACUGAUAAAUAAUUAUUUUUCUUGAUUUUCUUUAUGAAAAACUUGAAAAAUGGUUGAUUUUAUCAGUUACAAAUUGGAAUUUCAGUGGAGAUGCGGAAGCUAUGCCCAAUUUUUGAAUUUUUAUUCAAAAACUUUAAAUUUUGAAUAAUAAAUUAAUUGAACCUUUUUUCAGAUCAAUAUCAACAAUUCGAAGAGAUCAAACAACAAUUCAAAGUGAUCGACCAAGAUUUGUUGGUAAGUUUUUGAAUUUUUAUGAAAAUUGGCAUGAAUUUCUGGAAUUGUAAUUUGAAACUGAUAAAUAAUUAUUUUUCUUGAUUUUUUAAUUGAAAAUCUUGAAAAAUGAUUAAUUUUAUCAGUUACAAAUUGGAAUUUCAGUGGAGAUGCGGAAGCUAUGCCCAAUUUUUGAUUUUUUAGAGAAAAACUUUAAAUUUUUGAAUAAUAAAUUAAAUGAACCUUUUUUUCAGAUCAAUAUCAACAAUUCGAAGAGAUCAAACAACAAUUCAAAGUGAUCGACCAAGAUUUGUUGGUAAGUUUUUUGAAUUUUUAUGAAAAUUGGCAUGAAUUUCUGGAAUUGUAAUUUGAAACUGAUAAAUAAUUAUUUUUCUUGAUUUUUUAAUUGAAAAUCUUGAAAAAUGAUUAAUUUUAUCAGUUACAAAUUGGAAUUUCAGUGGAGAUGCGGAAGCUAUGCCCAAUUUUUGAAUUUUUAGAGAAAAACUUUAAAUUUUGAAUAAUAAAUUAAUUGAACCUUUUUUUCAGAUCAAUAUCAACAAUUCGAAGAAAUCAAACAACAAUUCAAAAUGGAUGAUCAAGAUUUGUUGGUAAGUUUUUGAAUUUUUAUGAAAAUUGGCAUGAAUUUCUGGAAUUGUAAUUUGAAACUGAUAAAUAAUUAUUUUUCUUGAUUUUUUUAAUUGAAAAUCUUGAAAAAUGAUUAAUUUUAUCAGUUACAAAUUGGAAUUUCAGUGGAGAUGCGGAAGCUAUGCCCAAUUUUUGAUUUUUUAGAGAAAAACUUUAAAUUUUUCAGAUCAAAAUCAACUGCCACGUGUCAAUCAUUCGCAAUGGAUUUUUCUAA